GUCAAAGUGACCCCAUUGAAUUCCACGUCCAUACAUGUCGUUUGGCGCCCGCCUCUGGAAAAGGAUCGUAAUGGUGUUAUUAGAGGGUAUCACGUUCAUGUCCAAGAGGUUAAAGAAGAGGGUAAAACACAGAAUCUGCUCAACGAUCCUAUGAGAUUUGAUGUUUUGGAUGGCGCCGCGUUGGAACUAAACGUCACUGGACUUCAACCUGAUUCUAGAUACAGUGUUCAGGUGGCAGCUUUGACUCGCAAAGGUGACGGCGAUCGCAGUCCUCCAGUCAUGGUACGGACCCCAGGAGGCGUUCCUCACAGACCUCAUGUUACUUUGAAGGUAAUCGAAAGAGAACCAUCAGUAACUGUAGAAUUGGAAUGGAGUAAACCUUCUCAGACCUACGGAGAACUUAGAGGCUAUCGAUUGAGACAUGGUGUAAGAGACCAACCACCACUAAAAGAGGAACACAUCAAUGGUGGACAAAUCACGGCCAGAAGAAUAGGUGAUCUCGAACGAGGCGUGGAAUAUGAAUUUCGUGUAGCUGGUCGAAAUGCUAUCGGAGUUGGACAAGAAGCCGUAAAAUAUUAUUCAACACCAGAAGGAGCUCCUGAUGGACCACCCACAGAGGUAAAAGUUCGAUUCCAAACACCUGAUUCUAUAGUGGUGCGCUGGUUGCCACCAACUCGCGAACAUCGAAAUGGCCGUAUUGUUCGAUAUGAUGCCCAGCUCAGGCGCAAAUCCGAUGGUUCCGUGGCAGCAGAAAAUACCGCAAAUAUUACCGCUGGAAGUAAUGUGGACGAAGGAGCCAGAGUUGUCUUUGGAGGUUUGGAAGAAAAUACUGAAUAUCUAAUUCGGGUAAGAGCCCACACAAGUCGUGGAGCAGGUCCUUAUUGUGCAGAUGUGUCUGCAAGGACGGAACGCGAUUUAGGAAGAGCCCCAAUGUCUGUUCAAGCGGUUGCAACUUCUGAUUCAAGCGCCGAAGUAUGGUGGGAAGGCGUUCCAUCUCGUGGAAAAGUUGUUGGAUACAGGGUAUUCUACGCAAUGGCUGCUGCAACAGCUUCUAUGGAUGCAGGUUCUGAUUUGGACGAAUGGCAACAUAAAGAUGUCGCACGUACGGAAUCUGCUGAUUUAGUAAAUUUGGAAAAGUAUGCCACAUAUCGUGUGGCAGUAGCGGCCAGAACCUCAGAUGGUGGUCUUUGGAGACUGUCGGAAAAAGUAAAUGUUAAGGUUAAACCAGAAGAUGUGCCAUUAGAUUUAAGAGCGCACGACGUCAGCACUCAUUCGAUGACUUUAUCUUGGUCUCCGCCAAUUCGCCUAAACCCUGUAAAUUAUAAGGUAUCAUUCGACGCCGUCAAAGAAUUCGUUGAUUCACAAGGUUUCACCCGAUCUCAAACAGUGCCAAGGCGCGAAGUAGUAUUACCUGCUCAUGCCAAAAAUCAUAUGAUCGACGAAUUGUCACCAUUCACAACGUAUUGCGUCAAUGUAAGUGCCGUACCAAAUGAUUACCAGUACCGACCACCAGCUAGAAUUACUGUAACUACACAAAUGGCUGCACCGCAACCCAUGGUCAAACCUGAUUUUUACGGUGUCGUUAAUGGAGAAGAAAUACAGGUCAUAUUACCACAAGCUUCUGAAGAAUAUGGUCCAAUAUCUCAUUAUUACCUAAUUGUUGUUCCUGAAGACGAAUCAUUGGCUCACAAACAUCCUGACCAAUUUUUAACGGACGAAAUGAUUGCUGGAGCUAAAAUGGUUAAUAAUAAUGGCGCACCCGGAACAUCAGCAUCAAUGGCCAAAGCAUCACUCCUGGACGCACCUUAUAUUGCUGCGAAAUUUCCUCAACGUAACAUUCCUUACACUUUCCAUCUUGGCAGUGGUGAUAUUGAAGUACCUCCAGGUGACCCGCCACGUAGACCAGACCCCAAUGCACCAGGAGGUGACCCAGACGUAUCUGUUAAUCGCAACACCGAAGAAGCAGGUCUUGUUUGGAUAGUAGGCCCAAGUAUAGCAGCGCUAUUAUUAUCCGCUUGUCUGGUGUUGGUCUUCUUAGCAAGACGACGCAAUAGACCAUGCAAGGCACCCGAUCAGGCUGCAGUUACUCGCCCACUCAUGGCUGCCGAUUUGGGAGCAGGACCAACACCACAAGAUCCAGUUGAAAUGAGAAGAUUAAACUUCCAAACUCCUGCAAUGAUGUCACAUCCUCCAAUACCUAUAUCCGAAUUGGCCGAUCAUAUUGAACGCCUUAAAGCUAAUGACAAUCUGAAAUUUGCACAGGAAUAUGAAAGUAUCGAAACUGGACAAACAUUCACUUGGGAUCAUUCUAAUAUGGAAGUUAACAAGCCUAAAAAUCGAUAUGCAAACGUAAUCGCUUAUGAUCACAGUCGUGUUAUUCUACAACCAACUGAAUCCCGAGGAGGAGAUUACAUAAAUGCAAAUUACUGUGACGGAUACAGGCGCAACAAUGCUUAUGUGGCAACCCAAGGUCCUUUACAAGAAACCGCUUCAGAUUUCUGGCGAAUGUGUUGGGAAUUGCGAUCUGCAACUAUUGUGAUGAUGACCCGACUUGAAGAACGAGCGCGUAUAAAGUGUGACCAGUAUUGGCCAACUAGAGGCUCAGACGUUUAUGGCCAAAUGACUGUCACUACAGUUGACGUACAAGAACUUGCAGCUUAUUGCAUUCGAACAUUCCAAAUCCAGCGUACAGGCGCUACAGAACGACGUGAAAUUAAGCAACUCCAGUUCACAGCUUGGCCCGACCAUGGCGUACCUGAUCAUCCAGCACCAUUCCUACAAUUUUUGCGUCGUGUCCGUGCUUUAACACCAGCUGACUGUGGCCCAGUCGUGGUACACUGCUCCGCCGGUGUUGGUCGAACAGGUUGCUUUAUUGUAAUCGAUUCCAUGCUUGAACGUUUACGUCACGAAAAAACUGUUGAUAUUUACGGCCAUGUUACCUGCCUACGAGCUCAGCGUAACUAUAUGGUACAAACAGAAGAUCAGUAUGUUUUCAUACACGAUGCACUUCUCGAGGCGAUCGUCUGCGGUAACACAGAGAUACCAGCCCGCGGUUUACAUGGCCACAUACAGCGCCUGAUGCGAACAGAGCCAGGAGAGUCUGUCACUGGCAUGGAAUUGGAGUUCAAACGAUUAUCAUGCACAAAAUCUACGGAUGCAUCACGAUUCGUUACUGCCAAUUUGCCAUGCAACAAACACAAAAAUCGUCUAAUCCAUAUUCUUCCCUAUGAGAGUUCUCGUGUUUGUCUGACACCUUUACGUGGGGUGGAGGGCUCUGAUUACAUAAAUGCGAGUUUUAUGGACGGCUACAGAUACCGAAGCGCGUAUAUUGCAGCUCAAGGUCCUCUGCCAGAAACUGCGGACGAUUUGUGGAGAAUGCUCUGGGAACACAAUUCGACGAUAGUCGUGAUGUUGACAAAACUCAAGGAAAUGGGAAGAGAAAAAUGUGCUCAAUACUGGCCAUCUGACCGAUCUGUUCGAUAUCAAUGUUUUGUCGUAGACCCUAUUGCUGAAUAUAAUAUGCCACAAUAUAUAUUAAGGGAAUUCAAGGUCACCGACGCAAGAGAUGGUUCUUCUAAGACAGUAAGGCAGUUCCAAUUCAUUGACUGGCCUGAACAGGGCGUACCUAAAAGCGGAGAAGGUUUUAUCGAUUUUAUUGGACAAGUUCAUAAAACUAAGGAACAAUUUGGACAAGACGGACCCAUCACAGUACAUUGCAGUGCUGGUGUCGGUCGAACUGGUGUUUUCAUUACAUUGAGUAUUGUAUUAGAGCGAAUGCAAUAUGAAGGUGUGUUAGAUGUUUUCCAAACGGUGCGAGUUCUACGGGCUCAACGACCUGCCAUGGUACAAACUGAGGACCAGUAUCAGUUCUGCUAUCACGCAGCCCUCGAGUACUUAGCGUCCUUCGACCAUUACACCAACUGACAAGUGUUGGUAUGAGGCGCGACUCACAACGAAUCCGGCCUCAAUUCACAGGAGUACAUCACGCACCUGGUUUGAAAUCCAUCGUUUGAAAAUACUUAAUGUAAAGAAUGACCUGCCCUGUAUUUAAUAAGUAUCUUGUGACAUUUUAAGUGUAUAUACAACUUUAAAAUAAGAGAUUGUUAUGAUCUGAUUCAUUGUAAAUGCUGUAAACAUGGUGAUGUGGAUCACGUUGAGCAAAUUGUGUUUGUAUGGUAAGACUGAGUAUUUUUUAUUAGCAGACGAAGCGUGAAUUUUAUUAUUUACAUUACUGCCAUACUUUAAACAGUGCUUAGUCUAAUAAUAAUUUUUAGUGAAAUUUUAGUAUUAAAACAAUUCCAGAUAUUUUUGCUAAAUAAUUUUAUUGGUAUGAAAAUGAAACCGGAUCAUUUAUGAACAUUAACAAGUGUGCCUAUAAUAGGCGGAAGAGCGUGAAUUGAUAGAAACUUUACUGAAACAGUGAUGAAAUUUAAUGGUGUAAAUGAAUGGUAUUAUAUUAGGCAGCUAUCUAUAAUAUAAUUUUUUAAACAUAUUUUUUCCAAUAUAUUUUGUCUAUAUCGAUUGCCAUACUUCGCUUUUCUAAUACACUUUUU